AUGGCUCAACGUCCAGAUAAAUACAGGAUAGAAUGGUGUAUAGGCUUUUUGACAGUAACAAUGGGUCAGUCCUAUAAGGAGAUAUCGGCGAUAGCACAGAAGAGGAGAGACGAUGCCAUUGCUGCCUUUUGGUCUAUUCCCGACAUCAAGGAGGAUGAACUGCCACGGGACUUGAGAUCGUACCCUCGGACAUCUGGCCUUCUCACCGAUGAAGAGCUAGCGAUUGUCAAUACCGAUGCCACGGUACUUCUUGAGCAAAUCAGGGAGAGGAAGCUCUCCUCGGUGACGAUAACCACAGCCUUUUGCAAGGCAACCGUCAUUGCACAAAAGCUGACCAACUGCGUCACUGAAGUUCUGUUCGAAGAAGGACUAAAGCGUGCAAAGGAGUUGGAUGACCACCUGCAAAAAACCGGCCAUGUUGUUGGGCCGCUUCAUGGAUUGCCAGUCUCGCUCAAGGACAACUUCAUGACAGUACCCCAUCCAUCGUCCAUUGGGAUGGCAGCCUAUACCAACGAAACAACUAUAAAGGAUUCCGUGAUAGUGACCGGGCUCCGUGAGUUAGGCGCCGUCUUCUACGUCAAAACAAACGUGCCCACGGCCAUGCUGAUGGUAGAGACAAAUAACCGGGUCUGGGGCGAGACUCGAAAUCCCAUCCACAAGGGAUUGAGUCCCGGUGGCUCAUCCGGCGGAGAAGCAGCCCUUAUUGCACUAAAUGCAUCGCCAUUGGGAGUCGGAACAGAUAUUGGAGGCAGUAUCCGUAUCCCCAGUGCGUUCUGUCAUCUGUACGGCUUGAAGCCAUCAUUUGGACGGUUCUCGACACUCGGUGGGCGAGCAGCCAUCCAGGGCCAGGAGUUCAUACCCUCUGUAUGCGGGCCAAUGGCAACUUCACUCGACACUGUCAAGUUGUUCUGCGAGUCGAUAUUGUCUGAGCAGGCUGCGCAGUUGAAUGCUGACCCCAAGCUUCUCCCUAUUCCCUGGAGAAAAGAUGUUAUCCAACCCAAAGGGCGAAAGCUACGUAUCGGGAUACUUGGGAACAAUGAUGGAGGCAUGACAUGCUACCCUCCCAUCGAUCGUGCCCUUGAUAUCGUAGUUAAGGCGCUAAAGGAGGCAGGACACGAUGUCUUUGAGUGGGCUCCAACCGGCCAUAAAGAGGUGUUGCAACUUGCCAUCGAGGCGUUUAAAGUGUUUGGGACGUCCGCCAUCCUUCCUCAGCUGGAGAAGCACGGCGAGCCUCUUUUCAAGCCGAUGGAACUGGCAUUUUCCAUCAUCAAGGACAACCAACUGGAUGCCGUAAAACUGAGCGACAUGAUUAUAGAACGCAACAACCUUCAGAGACAGUAUCUUGACAGAUGGAUGGCAACCAGGACAGACACCGCUGGCCCUAUGGACUGUAUUAUCGCGCCAGCAGCCGUCGCUCCAGCCGCUCGUUUGGGAUAUGGCGAAACGAUGCAAUACUUUGGUUUCACUAUAUUCGGCAAUCUCCUAGACCUCCCCUCCUGUACGUUCCCAGUAACAUACGCAGACAAGACCGUCGACUUGAAGAGAGAUGCGAGCUGGAAGCCGCUAAACGACCAAGACCGGUUUAUGCAAGAGGAGUAUGAUCCCGAGUUCUAUGACGGGGCGCCGGUCUCCCUACAGCUGUACGGCAAGAGACUCGAGGAAGAGAAGGUGGUUGAGAUGGUGGAAAUCGUAGCUAAUGUUGUAAAAUUCCAGAGUCGUUAG